AAAAAGAGACGCUUGGGGAGAUGCAUGGGUCCACUUCCUUCCUUCCAUUCUUCUUCUUCUUCCAACUACCUUCUCUCAAUCUUCAAUCUGAUCUCGAGAAAAAUGGAUUCGAUCUGUUUCGAGAACGUAAAAGCAGAGAAAGCAAAGGCGCUUCAUCGUUUCCACAGCAUUGGUCUCCUCUUCCGUGUAACGGAGAUCUGCCUCGCUCUUCUCUUCCUCUGUUGGAUCUCCUCUUCCCUUCCUUUCGCCGCCGCUCGAAUCUCCGGCGACUUCCUCCGCCGUCUCUCUUGCAUCGUCUCCUCCCCUCUCUUCAUGUUCGUCCUCGGCAACUCCAUCAUCGUCGCUCUUCUCGCCACCAAAUCCACCGUCUUCUCCGGCGCCGGCGGCGUCGACGGCGGCGGCGGCGGAGGAGAGGCCGAUAUCUACGACCUGUUCAUCCGAUCUGGAGAGAAUCGCGCCACCGUCAGAGAUGUCCCGGAAGAUACCGCCGCCGUCUACGACGAUAAACAGAUGAUCGACGUUGAAACGGAUUCAUCAAAUUCAACCCCGACGGUGGCGCGUGAAGAUCACGUGACGAUCGAACCGGAGAAGGAGUCGGUUACUGUUACUGAUUUAACUAAGGAUCAUCCUCCUCCUCCUCCUCCGACGACGACGAAGAAUAAGGUCUAUCGAAGAAGCAAAUCGGAAAAACAGAGAAGACCACAACAUACUGUGACGAAACUCCGGCGAUCGGAGACAGGGAAGUGCCGUGAAACAGUGGAACCAUGCGAAGAAGAAGUGCCGUUUCCGGAGGAUACUCUGACAAACGAAGAGUUUCAGAAAACGAUCGAAGCAUUCAUCGCCAAACAGUUGAUAUUCCGUCGCCGAGAAUCUCUCGCCGUCGUUAUCCCAUAAUAACCACAUCUAAAACGAGUACAUACAUAAACUAUAUAUGUAUCUAUCUUCGAGUUCGAACCGACCAUCACAGUUUUGUAAGGAAGAGACAUCAAGACAAGGACAAAUUUAAACAGCAUCGAAGAUUGAUCGAUCUCUGUUUUGUCCUUCCUUUCGUUGUUGGGUCGAAUACGUAUAGCUUUUAAAAAAUGUUCGUUCGAAUCAAGUUUGUUUUUAAUGAUUUUGCGUUUAGAACAUGAACAAUGUGAACGGGUGCUUCUCUGUUUCCCUUAAUUUUCACAAUUUUUAAAUAAUUACAACGAGUAUUUUGUCCUUU